CUCUUUGUUCAUCUACGCCCAAUUGAAUGACAUGCAGACCGGGUCGUUGCAUGAUUCGUAUUUGACACGCUGACUAUCCCAUUCGUUCUCUUCUCCAUCUUGUCUUUCUCUUAAACCAUCCCUUACCGCGCUCCCUUUAAACCUACGUGAGACAUACGGUCGAUCAAUUAAGGUUCACCUGACAGAAUCGGAACUCUCAUCAUGUGGGGGAAGGUCUCGUUUCAUCGAUCGCGGAAGCCGUCUGCCGCCUCCGUCUCGAACGCCAAACCCGAUAAAGCUCUUCCUUCUAUACCACCCAACCAUGCAAACACACCCCCUCCCCCACUCCGGCCCGUGCCAGAGCGUCGCGUCACAUCUUCCAUCUACUCGCACGAUAUCACUGUGGAAUCCCCUCGCCAGCGUUCCUUCAGUGCAAACCACCAAUUGUCUCCCGCCCCAAAGACCGUCGGCUAUCAAACAUACGGAAGUGGCAGUACGAGCCGAGACGUCUCCCCUCCCGACUCGCCAGACUUCGUUGGCCAUGGGCCAGGCAUAGACAAUGGCCGGGUGUCCCCAAUGGAGCACGACCCGAAUCCGAAUGGCGGACAGGGCGGAAAUAACUUCAACAGCCACCUGCCCGUCUUACGCAGACGCGCUCACACCUCCAAUGCCGAUGUCACUGCGCCGGGACGGCCCUCCCCUGACCCUUCAUUGAGAGCCCAUGAUACCAGAUGGGACACUUUCUCUGGGGAGCCGACAACCAGCGACGCCGGUCGACCUGGACAGGUGGAUCCGCGCGAUAUGACAAAUCAACUCGGCUCCAAACCAUCAGGAUCAGGCAUCCUAGGCUGGGGCAAAGAGCAUCUCCAGGCGAAGAGAAGACUGACCGAGACACGUAGCAAGAUGGGGCGGGAGCCGUGGAAGGGAGCUAGCGGGCGAUCGCCGAUAGUCAACCCAAUACAGGAGAAACCACUAGGGAGAUCAGCAUCAUCACGUGUGCGCCCAUCGCGCAGCAAUGAUCGCAUGCGGGAUCGCAGCAGCCCCUCCCCAGGUCCUGAUUUCGGAUACCUGGGCAUGGUGCCGACCGUGGUUACGACCAUCACCGCUGGCGAAGCCAACACCGCCGCCGCGGGAAAGCAUCUGCCUAGCCGCGAUCUUCAACGGACGCGGGUGUCCGAGGAAGAGCCCACCCCGACUAGUGUGCAUCAUAGCCGUACCCCGCCCCGCGUUGACCUACCCGCCCCGGAGCCUGAUCUGAACAUCACCUUGGCGGCCCUGAAGCUGACCAACGACGCCAACGCCGGGGAACCCACCAGCCGAUUCAGCGCCACCACAUACGAACCCACCGAGGGCGGCACUUCCACUGCAACCGCGAGUCCGAGGAAUAGCAUCGACGCCGCUUCGCGAUCGACCGAGAACUUCGCAGCUUCGGUCAUGUCCCGCAAACGCCCAGUCCCCAGCAUUCAUACCCCCGGCGUGAAGCCCACCCGCAAACCCACGCCGUCGCAGAUCUCCGACGACGCGGCGUCGACCAGGGCGCCCUCGGUGUGUCCGCCCGAGCAGCACGUCGAGAACCGCGUGGAAAUGCUGGAAGCCAGACAGAGCACGCUGGGACGUCGCAAGGCGAACAUCGAUACCAUCAUCCACGAGCUGACGCAGGUCAUCCAGCCCAGCUCCGUCGACUAUGAUAUGGCGGCCCGGGAAGAAGUCAAAAAGACGGUCGCCAGUCUCAACGCCGAACUCGCCGAGAUCAAGCGUGAGGAGCAUGAGAUUGGCUUGAAACUCCUCCGGUUGUGGAAGAAACGCGACGAACAGGAUUUCUACGGCGGGGGCACCAGUCUAUGGGUUAAAAGAGUAACCAGCUGAGCAGGAUUCGCUUGGGACAGGGUUGGUCGUUUUGAGUCUUUUUGUCAUGCCAUGUUUUCUUUUUUUUUCUUCACUCGUCCUUUUAUAUUCUCUUGACAUUCUUUGACCUUCUUUUUUGUCUCUUCUGUUUCUUUUCUUUCUUU